UGCACUGGCUGGCCACCUGGGGAUGGGCGGUAUCUACGUAUGGAGUCAUGGUGCAGGACGCACGCACGCACGCCGCCUUCAAGCUGCUGCUGGGGUGGCGUGUGUGCGACGUUGUGUGCCUUCUUGUAUGUGGCCGUCGUUCGCAGCGCAUUGCAUAUCCUCCUGUUUGCAGCAUCUGCCCUCUGCGUGCUGCGUGUAUCGUGUCCGGGUUGCAUGUUAGGGUGCGUGUUUUCAUGUUGGACAGACCGACAGGGGACUUGGCCGUCAGGCCACCUAGGGUGCUCCCUGAAACCGCUGGUGCUUGCCGGCGAGAUUGUCGCGAGAAAGGCGUGAAGUGAGUGCGUUUGAAGGAAGGGGGACGACCAGACCAGGUGCCUCUCCUCUGUCGGCAAAGGUUUAGAGUGUUGGCGUGAAGGAUGUCUGUAGCUCGUAAGAGGCUGACGCAGGAGCGUGCCGAGUGGCGUAAGGACCACCCGCAUGGCUUCGUGGCCAAGUUUGCGCGUGCCGAGGAGGGCGAGAACAAGGGCCAGCAGGACUGCCUCAAGUGGGAGUGCCGCAUCCCCGGCAAGAAGGACACGCUGUGGGGCGACGCCACGUACCCCCUCACCAUGGAGUUCACCGACGAGUACCCCGGCAAACCGCCCAAGUGCAAGUUUCCGCAGGGAUUCUUCCACCCCAAGCAAGCCACCAAGAGACCGCACCGCCUCACACAGCACACAGAGAGAGGAGGAGGGAGGGAGGGAGGGAGGCACAGAGAGGCACGAUAAGACGCACGCGCAUCACAUGGCAUGUGUCCGGUUGCUGUGGUGGUGUGUGUGUGCAGCGUGUAUCCGUCCGGAACGGUGUGUUUGUCGAUUUUGAAUGAGGACGAGGACUGGAAGCCGUCCAUCACCAUCAAGCAGGUGCUACUCGGUGAGUCAAUAUAUAACACAUUCCUGCGCACAGGUAACGCCACGUCACGCCAGGCAGACAGACAGGCAGACAGAGAGGGAGGGAGGGACUGAGGGCGCAUCAUCCACACGACUCACCCAUGCACUUCGGGCCCAUGCACAGCUCCCUCUCCCUCGUUCUCUCCCCCACCUCAGCCUCGCCUCAACUGCCCUUUUACUCUUUCUCGCUCCCUCUCACGUGUCUGUGCGUGUCUGUGCUGUCCUGUGUGCCUUUCUUUGUUUGGUGCAGGUAUCCAGGAUUUGCUGGACAACCCCAACCCGCAGUCGCCCGCCCAGGGAGAGCCAUACAUGCUGUACCAGCAGAACAAGGAGGAGUACAACAGAAAGGUCAAGGAGCAGGCCGACAGCUACAGAAACCAGUCAUAGAUACGCUAGACCACACACACAGACACACGGGGGGAGGGGCGGGAGUGGGGCGAGCACCCGCAGGGAGCCAGCUGUAGAAUUGUUGACGGGCGAUGGUGGACGGACUUUGUGUGGGCGGACACACGUGUGUGUGUGAGGGGGCUCGUUUGGGAGGAGAUUUUGGUGUGAUUGGUGGUGGUGGUGUCAGUCUGUGCGCUCGUGCGUGAGAGUGAUGGUGUCUACUGGAUCGUGUGCAGAGGAAGAGGGUGUCCUGUGGAUGCCUGGAUGCGAUGCCUGGAUGUAUGGCGUCCUGUGACCCCACUCUCUCUCUCUUCCUGGUGUGAAUAUGAGUGAAAGAAAGCGUGCAUCUGGCUGACGAGAGGAGAGGAUUCCCUCCCCCUCUGUGGUGUGGUGUGGUCGAUCGACUCGACUAUCCAUCGUGCCCUGCAUGCACUGAGUAUGUUUGACUGCACGUGUGCGUGCGUCCAUGUCGGUGACUCUCUCCCUCUAUGAAUGUGGAGUGAAAUACAUCAAACGAC